AUGUCGGAGCUGUCGCGCCACGGCGGGCCGGGCGCGCCGCAGCGGCCGUACAGCGUGCACGGCUGCCACCCGCCGGCGGCGACGGCGUCGCGCUCGCUCGACGAGCUGGCGCGCCUGCGCUGCUCCUACGACCGCUCGCUGCGGCUCGGCGUCGGCCUCGGGCUGGGCCUGGGCGUCUACUCGGACAGCAACAUCUGCGACAGCUGCCGCGGCGCCAUCCGCCCCCAGCCCUGGUACCACCAGCACAGCUUCUUCUUCAGCAGUAGCAGUAUCUCGUCGCUGCGGCAUCCCGACGGAGCGUCGAACCCGGACCUCAACCUGAAGGAGGAGUUGGAGCGAGACGACGAAGAGCCGCCCCCGGAGCUGCCGCCCCCGCUGGCACCUGCCGCCUCGUGGCGGCUGUGGGCGCAGCAGCGGCCGCCCGUCGUGGGGGAGGCGGCAGCCCCACCUGCCGGCGCUGCGGGGGCGGCGUCGGCGUCGGCGUCGGGUUCGGCGUCGGCGCCAGCGGCGCCGGCUGGGGGUCGUGUAGCGCGCGUCGUUCCCAGGACAAAGGCCACGCUCGACGCUGACGCCAUGUCGGUGCUACAGUACUGCCGGGAGGACGUGGCGCGCCUGGAGCGCCGCUGGACGGAGGUUCGCGCCAGCCAGGUGCGGGAGCUGCGCCAGCAGCAGGCGGGGCUCAGGCGGGAGUUGGCCGACGCCAAGGCGCGCCUCCUGCUGCCCACUUCCCGCUGGGGCUACGACCUGCACGUGGAGGAGAGCAUGGACCCACGGGCGCCGGGCUUUGUGGAGGCCCUGCAGCGGGAGACGGAGAUUCUGCGCAAGCGCGUAGCGGCCUGCAAGUCGCGGGUGCUGAUGGCCACGUGUUUUGACUGCCACACACCGACGCCACCCCUGCCGCCGUGGACGCGGCCGCCUCGCUGACGCCGGCGUCGCGGCAAUCGUGCCGCCUACGACGCCCACCUAAGCAGCUCACCCUACCACCCUACCUCACAUCCGUCACCAAGAUUUCAGCCAGUCUUGCAGCCAUCUGCCUGUCCCGCAGCUGUUGCCCUGUCUCGCAGCUGUCCUGUCUUGCAGCUGUCGCCUUGUCUUGAAGUUAUCAUCCCAUCUCCCAAACAAUGGUCAGUUCGGCAGGCAACUGCCAUCAUUUCUCCCAGCCAUUGUCCAGUCUUGCAGCCACCAUAUUGUCUCACAGCCAUCACUACGCCUAGUAAUGUUUCAUGUGCCUCGGAGGUAUCACUAACACUCGUACUGAUGCCAAGCGUAGCAGCUGUUGUCCGAAUUCUCUGGGUUUAACAGACUGCUCUAAAUUUCUUUCUUUUUGCGCCUCGAUACCGAUGUUUCUCCUCUGUACUGUGAAUGUAGUGUGACAAAAAUUUACACAUACAAAAUGCAGCCUGAACUUGAUGUAUUGUUUCCCUGAGAGAGAAAUACGUUUUAUGGUUCAGAAGGUGCGUUCUUACUGUUAAGAGUUAUGGAUGCGAAACUAAUAUUGGAAAAAGAGUUCAACGAAGAACCAGUUAAGUUCCUUUUCCUUUUUAAUGAAUAAAUUAUGCCAAGUGCUUUGAUCUGUUUUUUCAGUAUGAGAAAAUUGGGACACAGAUUUCUCGACAAAAGUUUAAAGGUCUCUUCCUGAAUAUUAGCAAUGUGAACACUGAAGCCACUUCAGUUACGUGAUAGUGAACUAUUUGCGACACAUGUUUAUCUGAAGCUCUGAAGUUGAGGCACAUUUGUUGGACUGGCCUGUAAGCCAUUUUCAAAAUUUUAGUAACUAAAACUUCCAGAAUGAAAUCUUUUGCUGAGUCCUAAGCCUGUCGUAGGAAGUAUAUCACAUUUACUUUCCUUAUUAAUCUGAAGAAUGAGAUCUGCAUUUCAUAUUAAAAUGCGUUUCUCUGGAAAUACAUUGUAGACUCGAUUUUAUUAUUACUCCCGGGGAUAGUGAUCCAGCAAGAUACAAGACAGCUUCUUUAAAAAUAUGAAGCAGAGAUUUUAACUGGUCGAAAACAUCGAUCAAAGGAUAAUCAGGUGAGCCAGUCAGUCAGAGUCUUGUCCACGAAAGGGCAAGGUUUGCAGUCGAGUUCCAAUGGGACAGGAACAAUCCAUUAAGAAGUCAUAAUAUAGUUUACGCACUGUUCUAAACAGUAUUUCUUGCAGUUAACAAACUGAAGAGAAGCUACCAAUUUACUGUUUUUCUUAAAGACCGCAUUAUUAAGACAUCAGUUUUCCACUAGGCUGAUGCUGACAAGUCUUCCAUUCUCAUUCAUGCCCCAUCCUUCUUGCAGUAAGAUUUGAAAAGGAAGUGAAGUGGUCUGCCAGAAGGCUACGUAGAACCGCAGCAACGUAACAUACAUAAGAGAAGUGUACUGGAAAGAUCCACAAAUCUUGUAAAUUCAGUGCUCUAAACGUUUUAUACGUCGUAAGAACGUCAUUUUCUGUAAAAUAUCGAAUUUUUCACAUUUUUAUGUUGUUGUCUUGGCACUUACUGACACUGACGAUGUACUACACAUUUGUAAUUACAUAGACUUUUGUCUUCUGUAAACAGGGUCGCUCAUGAUAAACAUUAGAUCGAUUUCAAUCCUGCAGCAUAAUAAAUUAUUUUAUAAUUAAAUCUUGUUAAUAUUGUAUUGAUAAAGACUUUCUUACCAAAGAUUCAAAACUUUACUGAAAUUUAAAAGUGUUUUUAAACAUAUGACAAUUUGUAGUAUCAUGAAACUGAGAUGAGAAGAAUGGUUAUAAUGGUCUACUAUGAACCAGAGUGGACUAUGUCAGGAGAGCCCCCUACUGGCUUAAAAUUUAUCACUUGAAAGACAGUCCAUGUUACUAAGUCAAGUAGGUGAUAUUUUAGCUCUGUUCCAGUAAAGAGUUGGAAUAAUUAAUUGAUCGAAGAAAGAGAGAUGAAUGUUCAUACUGUGACUGACUCAAAACACGAAUUUCGUCUGGCGAGAAGUCUUAGUACAUCGUACUGCCUUCUGCCAAAGGCGAAACAUUUCAAAUGUUUCAUCGUAGGAUUACAUCGCCGAAGUUUUUAAAUUAAUUACUUUCCAUGCAAUGAAUAACGUAAUGUUUGGGCCUAUAAUCUUACUUAAAACUACAUUCAGAUUGCUAGCGACUACCCGCAUAGCAUGUGAAACGCAUUUUAUUGUUAGCUUUUUAUACAUUUAAAAUACUUUUCCAUCGAUAGCUAGCAACGCAAGACUGGUUCGAGUUAAAGACUGGAUUUUUAAAAAUGUUUCUUCUUACCGAAGCAUGUUUUCUAAUUUAUUAGAUAAUAAUAGUUUUUGUAUAUUUAGUGUUCCCAAAACUAGGUUAUUCUUGUUCCACGCGCGUUUUCAUUUGAAAUACCAUAUUUAUAGUAGUAAAUAUUUCUAAAUCUCAAAUAAUCAAUCUGAAAAGGGAGAUACUUGAAACACAGUAUUAUGAAAUUGAUGUUCAAAGUAUUUUUUGUCUGGAUGAAUACACAUUAUCAUUAUUAAUAUCACUUUACCUCUUCUUUUAUGUGUUGCAAAACUGCAAAUUUCCUACUUAAACCUAGGUCCUCUCUAAGAUUUCAAUGUAUAUUGUGAGACUUGUAUUUUCUUUUCCCUUUAUAAAACACGCUAAUUGUGUGUGCUGCAGUUCUCUCAGACACAGUCUCAUUUCCUCUGUAUUCUCUCUUGGGACCACAUUUUCUAUAAAUAUACGGUAAAGACAAAGGUAGCCAUCACUUCUGUUUGAAUACAGUUCCGCCAUUAACAGAUAACAUCAUUCUUGUACCAUAACAAUAUUGUGUUGCUAUAAACAAUUACUUACCACUAUUGUUUUCAUCAUAAGCGAAGUGGAUAAAUGUUACAGAAGACGAAAUCAUAACAAAAAUGAAGGAUUUAUAGCAAAAUAAUGAAAAUAAUUUUGUGGCUUUAAAUUUGUUCAGUAUAUCGUCAUGUAAUGAAUAAUAUUUUAAUCAAUAUGAAAUUGAUUGUGUCCAGAAAAAUUAUCUUGUAUGCAUAGAGGUAUUGGUACAUAAUUUUGAUGUCUCUCGGCCUAUAGCAUGACAAAAGGAUUAAAGUGUUAAUAGAAUUUGGUAAAAAUUAUAAUUUUCUGUAGAUGUCAGAAUACAGUUUCUUUCUAGAGAUCUCUGGUUUAUUGGACCGAUCGUAGACGAAGACUGAUCAAACGUGUGAAUUUCUGGAAGCUGGAAGUUAGUGGCGGAGAAGAGUGUACCUACAUGCAAUUGUAUAAUUUUUAUAGAGUGCUUAUGAUCGAUGUUCAAUGAACGUUUUAUGGAAAUGUAUUUGUGAAUAAUGUAGUAUUCGUAUAGAGAUGGUUAGAAUUUGUAACGUUGUUUUAUAUCGAUUCGCUGUUAUUGUUUGUCUUGUUUUACUCGCGUUGGUGAGUGACCACUGACCGUGUAAAUGAUGCCUCUCAGAAAACUUCGCUGUGUCCUUCGAGGAUUGUAUAGUUUAUUCGACACUGUUGACUAUUCUCUGUUUGUUAAAACAGUUGUAUGUAUGUCUGCUUCUAUUGAAACUAACAGCAACUUUAUGUGUAUCUGUUUAAUCCUGAGAGCUGUAAUAUAAAAGUAUUGUUGUACUUUUGUAUAAUCUACGCUAUAACAGAUUUUAUAUGUGUAAAUGCGGUGUAAAUACAGAUCUUCCGAAAGAAA